UAAAGAUUUGCUGGCAGAGGGAAAGGGAUUUUUUUCCUUCCUCCCUGCUGGGGGAAAAACAGUUCUAACGAGGAGCUAGCUACUUCGUAGUUUUAACUUAUACUCAAAUAUUCCCCGCCCAGAAGCUGCCAGUGAUCCCCGGGACUUCUUUAUCCGGCUGGGGCUCCGAGGGGCUUUUCGUGGCUCAGCCCCAUCCUCAAAGCCUCACGGCAUGAGUUUGCAGAAGAGAAUCUUUCCUCGGAGGGAGAAUGGGACCCACGAGGUGGUGGCCAAGCCCAGUCCGGUCACCACCCGCCACCCAAGGGCCACAGAUCAGGAGAAGAAGAAGGGCAGCCUUACUUCCUCUCUGAGGAUGGAUCCGCACAGCCGUUCUGGAAAGAGCAGAAAAUCUACAAAACUCCGGUCCAUCUCCCGGUCCCUGAUGCUCUGUAAUGCAAAGACCAGUGAUGACAGCUCAAGCCCCGAUGAGAAAUACCCUGAUCCCUUUGAGGUUUCCCUGGGCCAGGGCAAGGAGGGGAUUUUCCACUCGUCUGUGCAGUUGGCAGAUACGUCAGAGGCUGGGCCCAGCAGCAUUCCUGAUCUAGCGUUGGCCUCUGAGGCGGCUCACCUCCAAGCAGCUGCAAGUGAUCGAGGCAAGAGCUGUAGGAGGCUAUUCUUCAUGAAGGAAGCUUCCACAACUUCUUCCCGAGAAAGGUCUGGAAAAGUAGAAGUGCAAAGUAGUACUUUCCUGCUUCCCAAAGCCUGUCAUCAAAGGACACGCAGCAAUUCAACCAGUGUUAAUCCCUGCUGCACCGGAGACACCGAUUUCCCGAUGAUCAAGAAAUCCGCAGCUUGCACAGACCGGCAGCCCUACUCCCUCUGCAGCAGCCGGAAGUCUCUCUCUCAACAGCUCGACUGUCCAGCAGGAAGGGCUGCCGGCACCUCGAGACCUGCACAGUCCCUCAGCACAGCUCAGCUCGCGCAGCCCUCGGGAGGCCUCCAGGCUUCCGUCAUUUCCAACGUCGUGCUGAUGAAGGGCCAGGCCAAGGGCCUGGGCUUCAGCAUCGUUGGGGGAAAGGACAGCAUUUAUGGCCCCAUCGGAAUUUACGUCAAAACUAUCUUUGCGGGGGGAGCAGCGGCAGCCGACGGAAGGCUGCAGGAAGGGGAUGAGAUUCUGGAACUCAACGGUGAAUCAAUGGCUGGACUCACACAUCAGGAUGCUUUGCAGAAGUUCAAGCAAGCCAAAAAAGGGCUCCUGACCCUCACGGUGAGAACCCGCCUGACGGCGCCCCACUCCCUGAGCAGCCACCUGUCUGCCCCCCUGAGCCGCUCCCUGAGCUCCAGCACCUGUAUGACCAAAGACUGCAGCUCCUUCGGCCCGGGCAGCCCCGCGCCCCCCUCCGGCGCGGCCAAGCCCAACUACAGGGUCAUGGUGGAGGUGUCCCUGCAGAAAGAGGCUGGCGUGGGUCUGGGGAUCGGCCUGUGCAGCGUGCCCUACUUCCAGUGCCUCUCUGGAAUCUUCGUCCACACGCUGUCUCCCGGAUCUGUGGCACAUUUGGAUGGGCGGCUCCGGUUCGGUGACGAGAUCGUGGAAAUCAAUGAUUCCCCCGUGCGCUGCAUGACGCUCAACGAAGUCUAUGCGAUCCUGAGUCACUGCAGUCCCGGGCCGGUCCCCAUCAUGGUCAGUCGUCAUCCAGAUCCACAGGUGUCUGAACUGCAACUCAAAGAAGCUGUGGCUCAGGCUGUGGAGAACAUCAAGUUUGGAAAGGAGAAGCAUCAGUGGAGUCUGGAAGGGAAGGGAGACGGUGAGCUCUGA